ACAUACAAAGAACCCAUCGACACGCAGCAUCGCUGGCUGCGCCGCCCAUCCGUCCAUCUCCCUUUCACUGUUCUCGAUUGAAUUGAAUUGAACCAGAACGGAAGAGAACCGCUCAGUUUUUCACCAUGGCAUCGAGCGGGAGCAGCUGGAGGAGGGUCGCCGAGGGUGCCAGAAUGGUGGCGUCGGCGGUCGCCAGGCAAUCCGCCGAAGAGACCGGCAUCGCCGCCCAGCGCAUCUCCCGCCACGGGGCCGACCUCUCCUCCAGGGCCGCGAGGGCCGUGGGAGAGACCGAGUUCUCGGCCGCCGCCUGGUCGGUCCUCCGGCACGCGGUCCCCGGCGAGGCCGCGGCGGCGGGCGGGGAGUCCCCUUCCCCCGCGAUGACGGUCCGGAGCGGGACGGCGCCCUACGAAUCGCAGCUCCGCAAGAAGCGCCAGCGAGGGUACCCGGCGAGAACGACGCAAGGGGAGGAAGCYGGCACGGCAAACGGUGGCAACGGCGAGGAGGUUCCCAAUCCGUGGCUGUUCCACCAGCCAGAAGCAAUGGCGGCGGCUUCGGAACCACCGUUGCCGAAUCCGGUGGGGGGAGGCGAGAGCAGUGCUUCCGGGGACGGGACCUYCAGUGUCGGACCGCCCGGAGACCACGGCCYAAACACCGCAGCCGACAACACGGUAUCCACGGCUCCCCUGGCAGAGGAUGCCAUUGCCGCCCCGCCCUCCCCUCCGGUGGAGGACGCCAAUCCGUCGGCAACGAACAACAAUACCGAUGCGGCCGAGGGAGUGGAACCAGCUACGCGCUUUUUGAGAGAGGGACAGGCCGUGCCCUCCUCGAGGGUCGGCCGGGCCUUUGGUUUUGCCACCCUGGGAGCGGGCCUUGUGUGGGGAACCGUCGGUGAGCUCACCUCCCGCCUCGUCGGCGGCGGAAGCAGCGGCGGUGGCAACGCCGUCACCACGGACGCCAACGCGGACCGGUUGGCGGCCACCCUCUGCCGGAUGCGCGGGGCCGCCCUAAAGAUGGGACAGAUGCUCAGCAUCCAGGACGAGACGCUGCUGCCCCCCGCCCUGACGCGGGCCCUGAAGCAGGUCCGCCAGGGCGCCGACGCCAUGCCGAACCACCAGCUGGUGAAGCAGCUCCGGUCCGAGCUCGGGGACGGGACCUCCGACGACGAGGCGUGGCGCAGCCGCUUCCGGUCCUUCGAGGAACUCCCGUUUGCGGCCGCGUCCAUCGGACAGGUCCACCGCGCGACGGUGGUGGACAAGGAGACCGGAAGCCUCCGGCCGGUAGUGGUCAAGGUCCAGUACCCGGGGGUGGCCCAAUCGAUCGAAUCCGAUUUGGGAAACCUCAACAUGCUGGUCAAGAUGUCGGGCCUCGCCCCGAAGGGAUUGUUCAUCGAGAACGUGAUGCGGGUUGGAAGGGACGAGCUCAAGGUCGAGUGCAACUACCUCAACGAAAUGGCCAACCAGGAGACGUUCCAGGACCUGGUCCGGUCCGAUCCAAUCCUCCGGAAAAACAAAUUCGUCGUUCCCGACGUCUUUGAGGACCUCACCACGGAACUCGUCAUCACCACCGCGUACGCACCGGGUGGAACCAUCGACAAGGUCUCGCACCUGGACCAGGAAGAACGCAACCGCAUCGGUCGGACCAUACUCUACCUCACGAUGCAGGAACUCUUCGAAUGGAGGCUCAUGCAGACCGACCCCAACUGGGGAAACUUUCUCUACGAYGUCGGYACGGGAACCACGACGCUGAUCGAUUUCGGCGCCACCCGUGAAUUCCCCAAGUCGUUUGUGGACGGCUACCUGCGCAUCGUGUGGGCCUCGGCAAACCGAGACGAGGACACCCUGUUCGAGCAAUCCCUUGCGAUGGGCUUCCUGACGGGCGACGAAAACGACGCCAUGAUGAACGCCCACAAACUGAGUGGCUUCACAGUCGGUGAACCGUUCUGGAUCGACGAGCCCUUUGACUUUCGGGGGUCCCGGAUCUCGGAGCGAAUGGGCGAGCACACCUCGGUCUUUUUGCGGCAUCGCUUGACGUGAGUAAAUACGGUAGCUUUGGUGUUGUCGUUUCUUGCAGAACCGAGGAACAAAUGUUCUCUUUCCAGUGCGUUGCGAAUCUCACACGGUUUUCACUCACCUCUCUGUUGUCCGUGUUGCUGCUGCUGCCCACGGUGCCGUUGCUGAAUCCAAAACUAGUCCUCCUCCGGAAGAAGUUUACACACUCCACAGAAAACUAGCAGGUGCCUACAUGCUCUGCAUCAAGCUAGGUGCGGUGAUCAGAAGCAGAGACAUGCUGGAAGCAGUGGUCCGCAACCACGUCUUCGAAGAUGGGAUGCCCAAUCCUAUCACAGGGAAAUAGGCAUAGACUUGGAAGCAAAAAAUCGAUAAUUCAUUA